GAAGACGAUGGUAAUGAAGAUGACGGUGACGAAGGCUCUCCUCCUCGCCCUCACGGUGGGCGUGGCCUGUGCGGACAUCGACCCCGCCCAGCUCUCCGGGCCCUGGCGCACCUCCGCCAUGGCCUCCGACAUCCUGGAAAUGAUCCUGGAGGAUGGGCCACUCCGGAUGCUGUUCCGCGAGAUGGAGUGCAACGAGGACUGCAACGCCCUGAACGUCUUCUUCUAUGUCAAGAAGAACGAGGUAUGCACCCCGCACACGGUUGUGGCCCAGAAGAACGCAGACGGCAUCUACACCACUGACUUCGAGGGCCAGACCUCCUUCCAGUUCCACGUAUUGGAUCCCGCUAGGCUCUUCGUCUUCAUCAAUAACAUGGGGUCCAGCGGCACCACCAGCCGCCUCAGCUUCCUUGUGGUCAAAUUGAGAGUCAUAAAUGACGACCGGCUGGAGGACUACGCGAGGCUCACGGAGCAGAAUGGGAUCCCGCAGAAGUACAUCCGGCGUGUGGGCGACACAGACACCUGUCCACCCUGAGGACGCCUCCCUUGGAGAAGGUGCCAGAACGUUCUAGACCAUUCCAGAACCGCCCCUCCUGCACAAUGAUUCCUCCCCUGAUCGCCUCACCAUCUCCUCCCACCUGCGAACGCGCUAGUAUGCUCCGGAACAUUCUAGAGCAUUCUGGAUUGAUCCAAGAUGGUCUGGAUUGUUCCAGAAUUUCUAGAAAGCUUCGGAACAUUCUAGAAUCGGCCGUCCCCAGCUUUCUCUGCUUCCUGUUCAUGGAAUAAACUCAUCCCAGGCACAGUCCCAGUCGUUUAUUUUAAACGAUUUUUAUUGUUCCGUCAAAAGACAGAGCGAGCUGGUGGAGGAACCCAGGGGCUACCUCCGGGUCUCCCUGCACUGUCAGUCACCGUUCACUGACAAGGGGGUGGGCUCUGUCAUCUGGUGGCUGUCAAUCAGCCCUGAGUGACACUGGGGGGGUUCUCCCCGACUCCACUGGCAGCCAGUCACACUCCACCAGGAUCCCAGGGCCACAUCCGGGUCCCCAUGGCCACAUCCGGGUCUCCAGGGCAAUAUCCGGCUCCCCAGGGCUCCACUCAUGUCCGCAGUGACACAUCCAGGUCCCCAGGGGCACAUCCUGGUCCCCAGGGCCACAUCCGGGUCUAAGUGCUCCAUCCGGGUCUCUGGGCUCCAUCUGGGUCCCUAAGGGCUCCAUCCGGGUCUCUGGGCUCCAUCCGGGACUCCUGGCUCCAUCCGAGUCUCUGGGCUCCAUACAGGUCUCUGGGCUCCAUCGGGGUCUCUGGUCUCCAUCUGUAUCUCUGGGCUCCAUCUGGGUCCCUAAGGAAACAUCCUGGUCCCUAAGGCUCCAUCCGGGUCUCUGUGCUCCUUCAGGGUCACUAAGGCUACAUCCGGGUCCUUAAGGUUUCUUCCGAGUCCUUAAGGCUCCAUCCAGGUCUCUGGGCUCCAUCCAGGUCUCUGGACCACAUCCGGGUCUCUGGGCUCCAUCCGGGUUUCG